AUGGGGAGGUCACCAAGUUUUGAGAGGGGCUUGAAGAAAGGGCCAUGGACAUCAGAAGAAGAUCGAAAGCUUGUGGCUUAUGUUGAACAACAUGGACAUGGAAGUUGGAGGUCAUUACCCAUUAAGGCUGGGUUACAGAGAUGUGGUAAGAGUUGUAGGCUGAGGUGGACUAAUUAUUUAAGACCAGAUAUUAAAAGAGGAAAGUUCAGCUUGCAAGAAGAAGAAACCAUCAUCCAACUACAUGCUCUUCUUGGCAAUAGGUGGUCAGCUAUUGCAACACAUUUACCCAAAAGAACUGACAACGAGAUCAAAAAUUACUGGAACACGAAUCUUAAGAAACGAUUAACCAAAAUGGGUAUCGACCCAAUCACACACAAGUCAAGAACAGCCACUGAUACCAACUUAAGUCAUAUGACACAAUGGGAGAAUGCUCGUCUUGAAGCAGAAGCUAGAUUUGUUCGUGGAUCGACUAACGUUGUUUCCCACUUUUACCAACGAAUCCAUUGCAGUCCACCUCCAUUUAUGACCAACAACAAACUGGCGAUGUCAUCUCUUUCACUACCAUGCCUCGAUGUGCUCAAAGCAUGGCCAGGUAUUACUUCAUGUAAGCUCUCUGAUUUAAGUGGGCUAGAGACUCCCAAAGAUCAAAACAUGCCACCAAUGGUGAAUCUCAUUGAGAAUGUCGAACCACCAUCUCUUUAUAAAGAUACGACUACACAAGACUGGGAAAUCUCAAAAACUUCAUUAUUUAACGCUGUUGAGAGCCCUCAAGACAAAGGAAUCGAUCAGAACGUGUUUGAAGUGAAUGACAUGAUAUUUCAAGAUGACUACUUGACGGAGGCACUUACGAAUCACUUGGUCAAGGAUUUCGAAGAUGGUAAAAGUUACUGGAGUAGCAUUCUUGAUAAAGUAGGGAAUAAUUCAUCAUUUUCAUCUGUUUUCUAA